GGCCGCGGCGCGCAGGCGUCCUAGCGGAGGGCGCCUGCGGCUCGGGAUGGAGGCUGAAUAUUUGUUUUGCCUUUAUGUCUUACCGUUCCUCUGAAGAACAGAAGGCACAUUAUAAAACUGGACACUUCCCCUUGCAUUCUGAGAUUACAGCAAAAUGGACAUACCAAAUGCCCCAACUUCCAAAUGUAUCACUUACUGGAAAAGAAAGGUUAAAUCUGAAUACAUGAGACUUCGACAACUUAAACGGCUUCAGGCAAAUAUGGGUGCAAAGGCUCUAUAUGUAGCAAAUUUUGCAAAGGUUCAAGAAAAAACCCAAAUCCUUAAUGAAGAAUGGAAGAAGCUUCGUGUUCAACCUGUUCAGUUGAUGAAGCCUCUGAGUGGGCAUCCUUUUCUCAAAAAGUGUACCAUUGACAGCAUUUUCCCGGGAUUUGCAAGCCAACAUAUGUUAAUGCGGUCUCUGAACACAGUUGCAUUGGUUCCCAUUAUGUAUUCCUGGUCCCCUCUCCAGCAGAACUUUAUGGUAGAAGAUGAGACAGUUUUGUGCAAUAUUCCCUACAUGGGAGAUGAGGUGAAAGAAGAAGAUGAGACGUUCAUUGAAGAGCUGAUCAAUAACUACGAUGGGAAAGUACAUGGUGAAGAAGAGAUGAUUCCUGGAUCUGUCCUGAUUAGUGAUGCUGUUUUCCUGGAGUUGGUAGAUGCCCUGAAUCAGUACUCAGAUGAGGAGGAGGAAGGGCACAAUGACACCUCAGAUGGAAAGCAAGAUGACAGCAAAGAAGAUCUGCCAGUAACAAGAAAGAGAAAACGACAUGCUAUUGAAGGCAACAAAAAGAGUUCCAAGAAACAGUUUCCAAAUGACAUGAUCUUCAGUGCAAUCGCCUCAAUGUUCCCUGAGAAUGGUGUCCCAGAUGACAUGAAGGAGAGGUACCGAGAACUAACAGAGAUGUCAGACCCCAAUGCACUUCCCCCUCAGUGCACACCCAACAUCGAUGGCCCCAAUGCCAAGUCUGUGCAGCGGGAGCAAUCUCUGCACUCCUUCCACACACUUUUUUGCCGGCGCUGCUUUAAAUACGACUGCUUCCUUCACCCUUUUCAUGCUACCCCUAAUGUAUAUAAACGCAAGAACAAAGAAAUCAAGAUUGAACCAGAACCAUGUGGCACAGACUGCUUCCUUUUGCUGGAAGGAGCAAAGGAAUACGCCAUGCUCCACAACCCCCGUUCCAAGUGCUCUGGUCGGCGCCGGCGAAGGCACCACAUGGUCAGUGCUUCCUGCUCCAACACUUCAGCCUCUGCUCUGGCUGAGACUAAAGAAGGGGACAGUGACAGGGACACAGGCAAUGACUGGGCCUCCAGUUCUUCAGAGGCUAACUCUCGCUGUCAGACCCCCACAAAACAGAAGGCUAGUCCAGCCCCCCCUCAGCUCUGUGUAGUGGAAGCACCCUCGGAGCCUGUGGAAUGGACUGGGGCUGAAGAAUCUCUUUUCCGAGUCUUUCAUGGCACCUACUUCAACAACUUCUGUUCAAUAGCGAGGCUUCUGGGGACUAAGACGUGCAAGCAGGUCUUUCAGUUUGCAGUCAAAGAAUCACUUAUCCUGAAGCUGCCAACAGAUGAGCUCAUGAACCCUUCUCAGAAGAAGAAAAGAAAGCACAGGUUGUGGGCUGCACACUGCAGGAAAAUUCAGCUGAAGAAAGAUAACUCUUCCACACAAGUGUACAACUACCAACCCUGCGACCACCCAGACCGCCCCUGCGACAGCACCUGCCCCUGCAUCAUGACUCAGAAUUUCUGUGAGAAGUUCUGCCAGUGCAACCCAGACUGUCAGAAUCGCUUCCCUGGCUGUCGCUGUAAGACCCAGUGCAAUACCAAGCAGUGCCCUUGCUACCUGGCAGUGAGAGAGUGUGACCCCGACCUGUGUCUCACCUGUGGGGCCUCAGAGCACUGGGACUGCAAAGUGGUUUCCUGUAAAAACUGCAGCAUCCAGCGAGGACUCAAGAAGCACCUGCUGCUGGCCCCCUCAGAUGUGGCCGGAUGGGGCACCUUCAUUAAGGAGUCUGUGCAGAAGAACGAGUUCAUUUCUGAAUACUGUGGUGAGCUCAUCUCUCAGGACGAGGCUGAUCGACGAGGGAAGGUCUAUGACAAAUACAUGUCCAGCUUCCUCUUCAACCUCAACAAUGAUUUUGUAGUGGAUGCAACCCGGAAAGGAAACAAAAUUCGAUUUGCAAACCAUUCAGUGAACCCCAACUGUUACGCCAAAGUGGUCAUGGUGAAUGGGGACCAUCGGAUUGGGAUAUUUGCCAAGAGGGCAAUUCAAGCUGGCGAAGAGCUCUUCUUUGAUUACAGGUACAGCCAAGCUGAUGCCCUCAAGUACGUGGGGAUCGAGAGGGAGACUGAUGUCCUUUAGCCCUCCUGGGCUCCAUGCCAGCGCUUAUGGUAGCAGCACUGUCUUUGCUUUCGUGCACACACCACUGCUGCUCAAGUUUCCUGCACUAUGUGUUUCUCACACCAAGAAACCCCCACCCACUCCUCUGUAGUGUGGCCUCAGCUGUGUCCAGUGAGACAAAACUGUCUCAGUGAGAGGGGAGGCAGAGGCAGCUAGGGCUUGGGCUCCCAGGAGAGAGAGGUGCAGAAGUCAGUGUUGCAUCUCAGGCCUCAGAGGAAGUGAGCACAGGUGAGGGUGGGUGAUAUAUGCAUGAUUUCUUGUCACCCAGGCGGUGGGCCUCAGGAAUCAACUUGGGCAGUUCCCACAAGCAUUAGCCGUUAAUUAUAACUUUCCAAAUCAAGGGUCCUUAUGUAAUUGGGUUGCCAGCAUAUCUCUCUGUGGUCCUAAGACCUGGAGAAGACAGGCUAAGUGACAUUUAGGACCUGGAGCUUCUGAGUGAUCUGGGUUAAAGGUGAGUCUGGCAGGCAGCAGAGACUGAAUUCAGAGGGGAGGUGGGUCACCUUACUACCUUUUCCUUCCUGGCAGGGCUCAACCUGAGCGUGGGUUCUAAGUAUAGAUAUUCAAUGCUGGGAGAAGGGAAGAUAAAGGCCCUCCUCCCGGGGACAGUGAGAACCAG